AGAAAAUCACGGAAACCGAUGUAGAUUCUCUAUCUCCAGAUAGUUCAUUCGAAAGAGAGAGAAAGAGAUCUUAAGAAAGCUAAAAACAUGGAGCCUUUGAAUUUUCUUUAAAUUCCCACGAUUUUUCUCACUUACGCAAGAAGAGCCGAUUUCAUCUCAGAUUUAUUUUCCCUUCAAUCUCUCCCCGUUUGAAUCACUUUUAUUUUCUCUUUUCCCCAUUAUUUUGUUUUCAGUAAUUAGAGAAGGAAAAAAAAAAACAGAGAAAAUCUCAACGAAACCAGAGCAAAAUGUGUAGUAACACAAGCAGUGGAAGCUAUGGAGGAGACUUACAAGAUGAGUACUUUGGUUCUUGUCCGAAAAAACAAAAGAAAGACAGAGUCCGACGAAGAGGACCAGGUGUCGCUGAGCUAGAGAAGAUCCGUCUAGAACUAGAACAAGAGAACAAAUCUCCGUCUCUUCCAAUUCCACAUUCUUCUUCUUCUUCUUCUUCGUUACCAAAAAUCGAUCACACUCUCUUUGCUCAUCCUCCGCCGGAAAAGACUUCCUUUUACACCGCUAAUCCCAUUUUCCGGCCACCGGCGACGGUGAGUGUUACCGGCGGAUGUGAUUAUGUAAUGAUGCCUCCAGACUUUGCUUUGCCGUUGUCGUCUUAUUUCUCCAACGGAUCUUUCCCUAAGGACUUGAUUCCUCCGGCGCCGGUUUUUCAGAGGAAGCAGCAUUCUCUACAUCACCCGACGACGAUGAAUCUCCCGAAUCCAUCUCCAGGACCAGGAGGAUUUUACCAAUUCAUAGAGCAACCUUCAAACCAAAGAUCUUGCGUCGAUAAUUUCUCUCCAUUUCCGGAGGAAGAAAAAAAGAUGGUCAGUGCGAAGAGGCCAUGGCAUUUUCUCACAGACACCACCACGAGAGAGAGCGUUGGACCAGCCAUAACAAUCUCAAGGGAAGCGAAACAGAACCGGUCGCUGGAUAUGAGAUUGAUAACUCCGGUUCAAGAUUCCGGUACAACAAUUUGCAACCCUAUCGCCAUUGAUUCACCUACGUCCAUUCGACAUGAUCACCCGAGGUUUAUCCCCUUACAGAAUGAACAACACCAACAAAGUAAAAAGCCUUUCUAUAGCUUCAUGCCCUCUGAUGAUCGGAGCAAUGGUGACCGAGAACAACGAGCAUGUGACCGAUAUGAAUCAGCCGCUGAUCUUGGAAUCGAUCUCAGCCUUAAGUUAUAGAAAUUUUUUAGCAAGAAAAAAAAAUAUCAUUAAAUUAUCAUUGUCUUUAAGUAACUUUGGAUGUAUUAAUUAACUUCCCUGCAAGCAACUCGAUUAAUCUGUGAUAUAUCGAUAUGCAGAAGAAAAAUCAAAGACUUAUUAACCAGAAGGUUUUCUUGUAACACUGAAAAGUCUUGGUAAAAACCUUUUAUUCGAGUUCUUAAAUUAAAAUACUGUUGUUGCUAACAAUAGUAUAGAGAGUGAUAAUAUACGAAGC